AUCUCCUGCGAAUGGACCAGUGCACCAGCGCUCGUUUUGUGAGAGUUUAUAGAAGAGGCCUAACCAGCAGGUGGAGUUGUCCCGCACCGCGACCAAAUGUAAACAAGACAACAAUCAACAAUCGUCAGUCAGAGUCAUAAUGGCUACAGGUGGGAAAUUAAAUCGGGUACAGAAAGUACUCAGGAGGUUUUUACCAGGCAACUCAUCCAGGGAAGAUGAUCGGGACACGGGAAGCAAGGUACCAAAGCAGGGUCAGAUUGAGAGCAAUGUCCCAAUGGAAUGCAGUCCGGCCGCAGCGGAUAUGGAGCAAGUUCAGCCCAGAGACAGUGACGUCAGAGACACUGAUCAGGACCCUGGAACCGGCACAAGUGAGGCGACUGUCUGUCAGCCCAGAGACAGUGACGUCAGAGACACUGAUCAGGACCCUGGAACCGGUACAAGUGAGGCGACUGUCUGUCAGCCCAGAGACAGUGACGUCAGAGACACUGAUCAGGACCCGGGAACCGGCACAAGUGAGGCGACUGUCUGUCAGCCCAGAGACAGUGACGUCAGAGACACUGAUCAGGACCCUGGAACCGGUACAAGUGAGGCGACUGUCUGUCAGCCCAGAGACAGUGACGUCAGAGACACUGAUCAGGACCCUGGAACCGGUACAAGUGAGGCGACUGUCUGUCAGCUCGGAAGCUCAUUGAACACGGAAUUGUCAAGUCCCCAACAAGGAGCAGAGCCAGGGUUUACAAUCUCUGACCUCCUGGCACAGGGGGAGGAAUAUCGACUGUACCAACUGACAAAGUUCUACAGAGACAGACUCAUACAAGCAAUUGAAGAAAAGGUUGAAAGACUCGGUUGGAUGUUGACAAAGGAGGGAUAUUUCAGUAGAGAAGAAAAUGAGAAAGUCACCGAACUGACAGAGAAGGGAAACCGGACAGAGAGUUCCAGACUCUUCCUCAGUUUGGUGAUGGGCAAAGGCUCCCGGGCCCGGAGGGCGAUGUGGGAAUCCUUUGUGACUUGGAGGACUGACUUACCGAAGUUGGACAGAAUACUGAGGGAAAUACAGGAACUCGAUCCUGAUCCACAGGAAUACAUGAACAUUGCCCAAGGGUUAUCUGAAUUACCCACUCAACUGAUAGAUGUUCAACAGAAACACAAGGAGACUCUGCGGGCACAAACUGAAACACUGAGAGUGAACACGAUCCUGAUGAGGGAGAAGGUGAAGGUUUUCCAGCUGGUUGAUCGAUACGCUGAGCUUACGGUCAUUUCUACUGUUCGAGAUCGGAGACUGGUGGAACAUGAGCUGCUGGCAAGAGGCAGAGACCACGAGGAGUGGAGAGAAAAACACCUCAGAGGAGAGCUGGAAAAAAUCCGGACUGAUCAGUUGUUCCAGAGCAGCUUUUCCCGCAGUAAAUCCAAAUCUGGGAGUUCGGCAGCAGUGGCCGGAGUCGCGGGGAUUGGGAAAACAACAAUGGUACAAAAGAUUGUUUAUGACUGGGCUACAAGGAAAAUAUACCAACAAUUCCACUUUGUCUUCAGUUUCAAAUUCCGGGAUUUAAACUCCAUUAACUGCAGAAUAAACCUGAGGGAACUCAUUCUGGAUCAAUAUCCUUACUUUGAGAAUUUACUGACAGAAGUCUGGAAGAACCCAGAGGGAUUGUUGUUUAUAUUCGAUGGUCUGGAUGAAUUCAAACACAACAUUGAUUUUGCUGACAGUCGGAGAGAUACAGAACCCAAGCACCAGUGCCCAGAUCCCGAGUGGUGGUGUGAAGUGUCUGACAUUGUGUACAGUUUAAUCCAGGGCAAGCUGCUCCCAGGGUGUUCAGUGCUGGUGACCACCCGUCCCACUGCGUUACAUUUACUGGAAAAGGCGAAGAUCAGUGUCUGUGCCGAAAUCCUGGGAUUUGUUGGUGAGGAACGGAAAGAAUAUUUCAUCAGGUAUUUUGAAGAUCAGACGGUGGCAGCAGCUGUUUUCAAACACGUGAAGGAGAACGAGAUCCUGUACACCAUGAGCUACAACCCCUCCUACUGCUGGAUCCUCGCUCUGGCACUGGGUCCCUUCUUCACACAAAGAGUCAGGGACCCGCAGCUAGUUCCCAAGACCAUCACCCAACUGUACUCCUACUAUAUUUACAGUAUCCUGAAAAACCACGGCCGUGAGAUUGAGAGACCCCGUGAUGUGUUUCUCAGCGUUGGUCAGAUGGCCUUCAGAGGAGUGUCUAAGAAGAAGAUUGUGUUUACAGAUGGAGAUUUGAUCAGCUACAGUCUGCAGCCUUCCCAGUUCCUGUCCGGGUUCCUGGUGGAGCUUUUGGAGAGAGAGGAUUCUUCCCGGAGCGUGGUGUACACAUUCCCACACCUCACCAUUCAAGAGUUUGUAGCUGCAGUCGCGCAAUUCCUGACUAUACGUCCCAGGGAUAUCCUGAAAUUCCUCACUGAAGCCCACAGCACGACAGAUGGACGAUUUGAGGUAUUUCUCCGUUUCGUGGCUGGUCUCUCCAACCCAAUGACAGCUCGGGGCCUGGCAGAGUUUCUGGGCCCAUUUCCUCAUGAAGCAACCUGCCGGGUGAUUGACUGGGUGAAGGAGGAGGUUAAACGCCAGAGUGGAAACACAUGGAGUGAAGCUGGUAAAAGGAGCCUCCUGAACACAUUGCACUACCUGUUUGAGUCUCAGAAUCGUGGGCUGGCUCAGGACGCACUGGGAUCAGUGGAAAGACUUUCAUUCAGUGGAAUGACACUGACCCCGAUUGACUGCGCGGUCCUGUCUCAUGUCAUCGGACUGUGUGAUACAAUAAAACACCUCAACCUGGUGAACUGCCACAUUCAGUGUGAAGGAAUCCAGCGGCUGGGACCCGGGCUGCACAAGUGCCAAGAGUUGGGACUCGGGGGGAAUGAACUGGGAGAUUCAGGAGUGAAAACGGUGUCUGCGGCUCUGAGGAACCCGGAGUGUAAAAUACAGACACUGGGGCUAUACGAUGUCGGUCUCACAGAUUCUGGUGCCGAGGAUCUCGCCUCCGCUCUCAGUACAAACCCAUCACUGACGGAGCUGAACCUGAGUGGUAAUAAACUGGGAGAUUCAGGAGUGAAACUGGUGUCUGCGGCUCUGAGGAACCCGGAGUGUAAAUUACAGGAACUGUGGCUGGACAAUGUCGGUCUCACAGAUUCUGGUGCCGAGGAUCUCGCCUCCGCUCUCAGUACAAACCCAUCACUGACGAUGCUGGACCUGAGUGAUAAUGAACUGGGAGAUUCAGGAGUGAAACUGAUGUCAGCGGCGCUUAGGAACCCGGAGUGUAAAAUACGGAAACUGCGGCUGGACCGUGUCGGUCUCACAGAUUCUGGCGCCGAGGAUCUCGCCUCCGCUCUCAGUACAAACCCAUCACUGACGGAGCUGCGCCUAAGUGAUAAUGAACUGGGAGAUUCAGGAGUGAAACUGGUGUCUGCGGCUCUGAGAAACCCGGAGUGUAAAGUACAGGAACUGCAGCUGAGGAAUGUCGGUCUCACAGAAUCUGGUGCCGAGGAUCUCGUCUCCGCUCUCAGUACAAAACUAUCACUGACGGAUCUGAACUUGAGUGGUAAUAAACUGGGGAAUUCAGGAGCGAAACUGGUGUCGGCGGCUCUAAGGACCUCCGAGUGUAACAUACAGAAACUGUGGCUGCAGAGUGUCGGUCUCACAGAUUCUGGUGCCGAGGAUCUCGUCUCCGCUCUCAGUACAAAACCAUCACUGACGGAGCUGAUCCUGAUCGAGAACUCGCUGACAGACCGAUCUGUCCCCGCUCUCCGCCACCUCAUACUGACCCUCCCGGGACUGGAGCUGAUUUGGCUGGUGGGGAAUCAGUUCAGUGAGACCGGGAUGAAGGAAUUGGAUCUCUGCAGGAACUCAGACCCGGACUGACCGUGAGAGUGGAUCUGUGAACAUCCCCGCCAGCGGGAUGGGGACAUUUUGGCCAAUUCUCCGACUUCCCCUUCAACUCCCGCCCUCCCCUUUAACACGCGCCCUUCCCUUUAACUCUGACCUAUACAUUUAAUGGCUGCGCGCCAGGUUUAAUUCCCAACGGUUUUAACCGAACUGCCUCCAGUCUCACGCUCUGUGACAUCUGCAGAGGUCCCACAGUGACGUAUUUCCGCCUCCUGUCCGGGGGGCACACCUUCCACCGGAUGUGCGGGUUCGAGGCUCCCCACGUGAGACCCUGGGGAAUUACACAUACAGGAAGAGCCUGGGGGCCGGGGCUCAGUCUGGGACACCGGUGUCCCGGGGUGGGAUUAUCCCGGGAGUGAAUCCUUUUGCUCCGUUUGCUGAGGACGUCAGUCUGGCUGAUAUAAUGAUGUUACAUUGACAAAUACCUCGGCAGUGACUCUGGAUCUGAAGCGAUCUCGGACACGGCCCUGAAGUGUGAUUUUAUAUCAUCGGCUCCCCGAUGCAGAGUGACGGUGAGAAACGGGACCGAUUAUUCAACCGGUCACCGUUGUCGCUGGUCGGUUAAUUGUGUGUGACUGUGAGUGAGUCGGGAGCAGCUUAUUUAUUCCCGCAGGUCAGCAGCUCACACAUUGUUUAAUUUACAUUUGUCAUGAUGAAAUCAAUA